CGGGUGCGCCCGCCCGCCAGGGCCCGCGUCCAGCCCCUUUGUCGCCGCCGGCCCGGCACAACCGCGUGUCCCGCCCGCCCUCCAGGAUGGAGACUGGAGGGCGACGAGAACGUGCGGCAAAAUAAUGCGUACCACCUCGGGCCUUGCGAUUUCUUUCCCCCCAGUUCUGAUCUGCUGCAGAUGGUGCUGGUUGAAUGUUCUUUAUGCGAUGGUAUCGUAAAUACAAAAGAUAACUUCAGGGGAUGAGAUCUAAAAUCUAAAGCAGUCCACAGUAGCUGGCAAGCGCCCCCCAGUUUGAACCAACUUGUUAGCUAGAAUCCAAGCAUAAACCGAGACAAAAGGCACCUAAAGUUCAAGCAUCAAGGAGUAAAGAGGGAGGGUGGACACAGAUAUAAAGACCUGGAAGAGGGGAAGUCUUUAUCAAGCAAAAGACAAAGCCAACACCAGGUUGAGACUUCGGCUUUCCUACAUUUACUCAGAGUUCCAGAGUCAAAGCCAAGUCUGAUUUUGUUGGUUCUGCGUCUCUUAUAAAGUCCAUCUUGCAAGCCUUAAAGAGUAAAGGUCAAGGUUCAAGAUCAAGUGACAUUGAGAAUAAAGUUUCCUGCAUGCUGAUAUUCAAUGAAAAACCUGAUGGAUCCUUUCUGAAAGAAGGGAUCAUAUUUGAAGAUGUUCGAGAUGCUGAAGAUGCUCUUUAUAACCUCAAUAGAAAGUGGGUAUGUGGCCGUCAAAUUGAAAUACAGUUUGCACAAGGUGAUCGCAAAACACCAGGCCAAAUGAAAUCAAAAGAACGUCAUCCUUGUUCUCCAAGUGAUCAUAGGAGAUCAAGAAGCCCCAGCCAAAGAAGAACUCGAAGUAGGAGUUCUUCAUGGGGAAGAAACAGGAGGCGUUCUGAUAGCCUUAAAGAGUCUCGACACAGGCGAUUUUCUUAUAGCCAGUCUAAAUCUCGUUCCAAAUCACUACCAAGGCGGUCUACCUCAGCAAGGCAGUCAAGAACUCCAAGAAGGAAUUCUGGUUCUAGAGGACGGUCAAGGUCCAAGUCCUUACAAAAGAGGUCCAAGUCAAUAGGAAAAUCACAAUCAAGUUCACCUCAAAAGCAGACUAGCUCAGGAACAAAAUCAAGAUCACAUGGAAGACAUUCUGACUCCAUAGCAAGAUCCCCAUGUAAAUCUCCCAAAGGGUAUACCAAUUCUGAAAGUAAAGCACAAUCAGCAAAACAGUCUCAUUUUCGGUCACAUUCCAGAUCUCGGAGUUACCGUCAUAAAAACAGUUGGUGAACAGCAACAGAAGAGCCCUAUGUAGUCUUUAAUAUAAGUUAUUAAACCUCUCAUUAUGUUAAAUAAAAAUUCUUCAAGGUUUA